CAUUUAUUCAGGGCUGUCAGCUAAUGUAUUCGUUCCACUCAAAGCCAGAUUCGUACGGGAAACAGAUCAAAACACACACACUUGUACACUUGCAUAUUUAUAUAUUUGUAUAUAUUUUGACUAAAAAUCUAGGCAUCUCUCGCUGCAACCGAAGAUCAUGUCAGAGGCAGACAGCAUCGUCAGGAGAAAGUUCGAGAUCUCAGCAGCAACGCCGAACAACAGUCACAUUUCGCUUCGAACCGAGUUGAAAAUAGUACUGGAAAAGCAAACGGAGGCUGAAGAGCAGCAUGAUCUAGGUAAAAUUACUGAUAAGCGGCAGGAGAGGGCAACGGAAGUCCAGGAGAACUUGUCAACAUCGCAAAAGACUGAGAACCAGGAGUCUAGCGAAGAUCUUGAUGAAGACUUGGAGGAAUUUCUAACUCCAGAAAGCAGUGGUGAUACGUCCUCUGUGCACAAGAAGUUCAGUCAGUCGGAGGAAGCAAGGGACUCUGAAGAAGAUCUAAGGCCUCAAGAAGGUUGUGGUGAUACGGAGGAUUUGAGUGCCAACUCGUCCUUCCUUUCCUGCUCCUCGUAUGAGCAACUCCGGCAAUCGAUUCUCAAGAGAGACCGCCGCACAUCCACAUUAAACUUUAGAAGCCUGAUCGAUUUGGACUUCGCGGAGGAUCUGGAGACAACCUUCUCCGGUGUACAGCUUAGCUGUGCCUCUUCCACCAGCAGCAUAAUGAAAGGCAGAUCCCUGAGCCUUACGCCCAACAGCAGUGAAAGGACAAUCGAUGUUGAAAUCAACAAGAGUGUUUGGCCCUAUUUCAAACGUUCCGAUAUCGAUAGCGCCCUGUCGGUCUUUAAGCAAGUGGAUGAGGAAAAAAAUGGUUAUAUAUCGCUAUGCGGACUCAAGAGAUUCCUCGAACUCCUGGAGAUACCACAAACCCACUUGAAGACCAAGAAGAUGAUGGCCCAGGUGGUGAAGGGCCAGGAGGAUCGACUGAACUUUAGCGAUGCUCUGCUCAUCUAUGGAUCCCUGAAGCAUCGCCUGGUUCCGCUCAAAUGGAAGCUGCAGCAUUGCGAAAAGGGUCAAAUUGUCAUUUGCGAUGAGGUCGAUGUUGCCCAGGUGGGCGUGAGUGGAGCCAAGCUCUUCUUCGAAGCGAAGAUUGCUCUGCAAACACCGAGAUAUUCAAAGGAUACUACCAAGGGCAGCCCUGAAGUUCUCAAGAAACCCCAAAGCGAGCCAUGAUCCGUUGCGUUUAAAUUUCACGUUGAAUAACUGCUAAAUUUCACGUUUAUUUGCUGACUGACCUUGGGUCUACCACAUAACUUCCCCAUAAAUCAUUUUCCAAUAAAA